GGCGCCGGCGCGGGCGCACCGCGGAAAAAAGUAAAAACAUUGUACCUAUCGUUAGUCAAUAAUAACAGCGCGCGCGCAACCGGCGCGACCGAAGCGUUUUUUCGUCGCAUUUCUAAUUUGGUUCCCGUCAAGUUCAGACGUCAUCUGCACCGAUCAUAACUUCUACAUAAUAUGAUGAUUAACACUUUAACAUAUUGCAUAAAUUAUGGUUCACCCUAGUUUACAUCAAUUGAUAAUUAAUCAAUUUUAAUAAUCAUUAAUUUUAAUGUAUUGCUCAAAAGUCAAGUAUGAACUGAUAUUGCGUAUUUUUUAAUAAAAGAUGGCGCUGUCGUCGCGCUGUGUCGCCGCGAAGUGUGUAGUGAUUUUUUUGUUGUUUGCUGCUUUGGAAGCUUAUAGUCCUAGAGAAUGCGGAGUGCCCUUGAGGAGACACACGCGGCAACCUCGCGAAAGGUCAGCAGGUCAACUCCGCAUCAUCAAAGGGAGGGAGUCCAAGCGAGGAGCAUGGCCCUGGCAGGUAUCACUGCAGCUUCUCCAUCCGAACUACGGCCUCAUUGGACACUGGUGUGGCGGUGUGCUGGUUCACCCUCUAUGGCUCCUGACCACAGCGCACUGCAUACAUAAUGAACUGUUCAACCUGCCAGUACCCGCGUUGUGGACGGCAGUGCUCGGAGAGUGGGACAGGGCUGAACAGAAGGGAGCCUACGUGCCUAUCGAGAGGAUCGUCUUGCACCACCGGUUUCACAAUUACCAGCAUGAUAUUGCGCUAAUGAAAAUGACCAAGCCGGCGGACGUCAGUCCCGGAAGUAGAAUUCGUACCAUAUGCCUUCCUCCGUUCGAUCCGCCAAUUGUCAACUAUAACACAGAAAAGAGCACAUCCUUCUAUCUACGACCGCAAUCAAACAUGGAACCACCCAGAAGGAAACCAGCGAAACCAUCAAAACCACACCCGGACACGGCGACGAAAUAUUUAGAGAAACUCAAUAAUUUAACUAAGAACAUAUUUUCUGGAUUCACAAAUAAGAAACAUAAGAACUUCCGAUACAACAUCAGAAUAGCAAACGAUUCAAACAGACAAACUGAUAGAAAGAAUGAAGAAGACGUAUACAGAACUAAUGAUAAUCAACACAGUGGUACAGUUUACGAUAGUGCAACAUUAGACAGUGUUAUAAAACUUAUAAGAACUAAACUAGACAAAGGGAAACAUAUUGUUAAUGUUAAUGAUAGAAGUGAUAAAAAACUUAUGUUUGGUGAAGAAAUAGAUCCUUUUAUUGGUGAUUAUAAUAGUAUAGACUUUCGAGACGAGUGCUACGCGACCGGUUGGGGUAGAGAACAAACUAAUGGGACGCUUACUGACGUACUGUUGGAAGCUGAAGUGCCAAUACUACCGUUAAAAAUAUGCAGAGACAGAUAUUCAUUGUCUCUGCCGUUGAAUGAAGGGCAUUUAUGUGCUGGCAGUACUGACGGUAGCACUGGUGCUUGCGUGGGUGACAGUGGUGGCCCUCUCCAGUGCAGAACGGGGGGACGUUGGGAGCUCCGUGGUCUGACCUCGUUUGGGUCAGGCUGCGCACGCCGGGGAGUUCCAGACGUUUACACUAACGUUAAACAUUAUGUGUCAUGGAUAUACACACAUGUAUACGCUACCUAGUCCAUUUUACAGGCAAUUUAAACGGUAUAUUGAAUACGGCCAGUUGACUGUAACUACAUAUAAAUUAUCUAUCCUCCAAUACAAAGAACAUUACGAGCUUACCGAGAAUUUAUAUGAAAUUGGCGUAAGCUAUGGAAAUUAGCUUAAACAGCUACAAUAACUUUCCCAUGUCAUGUGUGACAGCAGUUUCAAUAGGUUAUGUUAAUAAUAAUGUGACACAAUUUAUCGAAAUUAUUAAAAAUUAUAAUUGAAUAAUUAUAAUAAUAAUAAUUAUGUUACCAUAGGUAACAUAAUUAAAAGUCGAAAUUAGAUUCAUUAGAUAAACUAAAUCCUAUGUGGCAUAAACCGAAAAAUUAUGGUGGUUUUUCAAAUAAACUUUGAUAGAGUAAGUAAAUCAUAUUGUGACAUUUAUUUUGAUAUUGUAAAUCAGUUUCGAUGUUAUAAGUAAGCAUGUGUGACAUAAAGCAAAGCUGUUCAAUUCUGUUUUGAUAGCUUAUUUAUUUAAAUAAUUGAU